AUGACCAGCCUGGAGGAUCCCUCUAUCCUUUAUCGGAAUGAGCAAAACACGAUCUUCAUAAUCGACAUCCCAACCUCCAUUGCCCGAGCUCAGGAGUUGACUCCCAACCUCGGAAACGGCACUGUCGGCUCCUCAUCAUUGGACCUGAAGCCCGGGAAGAAUGUUUCCAGAAAACACAUCCUCUCAGCUCCACCGCUUGAAUCACCUUACGGGGGAUCCUGUGAGCCCAAGUCAGAGAUCGCGCGCGCCAGGCUGCUCGAUCAGGUUCCGAGGAGCGAGAGACUCUUCCAUGAUGAAAUCCACCCCCUGCUCCUAAGCGCACUGCAGGAAAUCCGGGAUGAAUAUCGUACCGCGCGCUGGUGCAGUCCAAGAUCUUUCUCCGAUGAGGAAACAUCCCAUCCUAGGAAACGGAGAGCUGAAUUUGGUGCGGCAAUAGUAGACGAACCUGCACAAACGUUACUUCAGGAAUCUUCCCCAAAAGUAAUCUUGAGGCACCGUACGGCUUCCCAUGUUCGUCCACCCACGAUUCUAUCUUCGACAUCGACCAAUGCAUUUGAGUCAUUAUCCUCACUGGAUGGCAUCGUAAACAAUCCAUCGUCCCACCCAGCCGUACUUCAGGCAGGCUGUCACGGUGGAGUCGAGCCUGCUCCAUUCGAGUACAUCAUCCCACCAGACUCCCAAUUCAUCCUUUGCACCAUCCCUAUAUCAGAAGCCCACCCCAAAUCCAGCUUCCCCAUCUCAGGCCUUCCCUCGACCCAGUCCUUCAAUCUUAUCCUCUUCGACCCACCAUGGCCAAACCGUUCUGUUCGUCGCAGCGGUCACUACAAUACACACCCAUACGAGCUCCUCACUCAACGGCUCCAGGAUAUUCUCCACUUUCACGCAUUCACUCCUGAGCAAACACCCCCCAUCAACCCCUUCCAUCCCUAUCCACGAAGCCAACUAGCCCUCGCCGGAAUCUGGACCACAAAUUCCGAAAAAUCCCGCCAAACAGCCUACGACUCCCUCACCAACACCGGCUUCACUAUUAUCGAGGAAUGGAUUUGGAUCAAAACCACCGCGAAUGGGGACCCUGUCUCUCCAGUCGAUGGGCUUUGGAGAAAACCAUAUGAGAUACUCGUUAUCGGUCAACGAGAACCAGUGUCAGUAACAAUGUCAGAGACGGUGCUCCCCAUCGCUUCCUAUAAUUCACUUGAACCCAAUUCUUGUGUGCCCCAGAGACGAGUUAUCGCCGCAGUCCCGGAUCUUCACUCGCGGAAGCCGAACUUGAAAGAAUUAUUUGAGCAGCUAUUCUUCACACAAGGUGGAAGGGUACAGGGUUAUUCUGCACUUGAGGUCUUUGCGAGGAAUUUAACGGCGGGAUGGUGCGCGGCUGGGAAUGAGGUGCUCAAAUUCAAUGCGACGGAGUGUUGGGUUGAAGGGUGA